AUGACCAGUAGCACUACAACUUCCACUGUGUCUAAUCGCAAUAGCAAACAAAAAUCAUCAACAGCUUCUGUAACAAACUUCAUUGUUCGAGGCAUUACCACAAAGGAGAAACCAAAAUUUGAAAGGUUGUUACUUCGGAUGACAAUUUCAAAUGGAUGGUCUUUUCGAUGGACAACAGAUCCAGCUACUUUAGAAUUCUUCGAAUUUUUAAACUCAAAACUUACGCUUCCUAGUCGGCAUGCUUUAUCUAAUCGUAUUCUUAAUGCUGAAAAGACUACUCUGACCCAGUUCUGUAAACAAAACCUAAAAAAUGAUAAGAUUGGAGUUACUUUAGCAUUUGAUGGAUGGAAAAAUAUUUUAAAACAACACAUAUUCGGUUCUUUAUUUAUCUUAUCAACUGGAGAAACGUUAAUUUGGAAAGCAAUCGACAUAAGCUUAGAGAGAGAACGUAUGAUUGAAAUUAUUCCCAAAAUUGAAUCUAUGAUUAAUGAAGCAUCAGAUCUAGGUGCCAAAUUAUCUGCUAUCGUUUCUGAUAGUGCCCCAGCAUAUUCCGGUGCUAGGUAA